UUUCCCGGCCCACUGAGCCCGUGGGUUCGCUCUUUUUCCUCCCUUCAACCGCCGCCUGAGCCUGGACUCAUCAAAGAAUGAACCUCUCCCGCCUCGAUAAUGGCCAUUUUCAAAAGAUAUAAUCCCCUCUUCUCGUCUUCUUCCUCUCUCUUCUCCCGCUUGCAAGCCCUAAUCCUCGAACAAAAGAGGUGGACGCAUGCGUAUUCUGGUGAGAGCGCAGCCGGCGAAGUUCGAGAGGCUAGUUCUGGUUUUCGCCUGAGAGAAGGUUCCAUUGACGCUUCUACUUGGAGGACUGUGGACUCGAGAACUUUUGGGAUUAGACGCUCAGCUAUAUCAUCACCCAUAUGGACUGUUCUCAAAAUUCUUCAAGGGCAAGGUUUUGAAGCCUAUCUCGUAGGUGGAUGUGUGAGGGACUUAAUAUUGGGGAGAACGCCAAAAGAUUUUGAUGUUGUUACCACUGCUACUCUUGAACAGAUUAAAAAUCAAUUCCAUCGAUCUAUAAUAAUAGGACGUCGAUUUCCAAUAUGCCUGGUUUAUAUUUUUAGCACCAAAAUAGAGGUUUCUAGCUUUGAAACGACACAUAUAGAUGCCCAACAUGGGCAAAUGAUCCUUUUCUCUCAAAUGCCCAAUAGUUGUGACAAGAAAGAUUUUGUGCGCUGGAAAGAUUGCAUGAGGCGGGAUUUCACAAUUAAUGGCUUAUUCUAUGACCCUUUUGUAAAUACAAUCUAUGAUUAUGCUGAUGGAAUAAGGGAUGUAAUGGCAUCUGAGGUGCGCACAGUAAUUCCAGCACAUUUAUCUUUUACGGAGGACUGUGCUAGAAUUUUGCGCGGUUUGAGGAUUGUUGCUCGACUUGGCUUGCGGUUCUCUGAAGACACGGCUACUGCUGUACAAGAUCUUUGUAGCUCCAUAAUAACUCUUGACAAGCCAAGACUGAUGAUGGAAUUAAAUUUCAUGCUCGCAUAUGGAGCAGCUGUGCCAUCGAUCAGGUUACUUCAGAAAUAUAAACUUCUUGACAUCUUGCUCCCUAUUCAAGCCGCAUAUCUUGCUGACCAGAGUAAGCAGCUCGCAGGUGGAAGCUCUAUAAUGCUGAUGGUAAGAUGCUUUACCCUGUGCAUCUUCUUGUAAACUGUACAAGUUUAU